UCUAGUUGAGUUUGAAUAUUUAAAAAGUAAAGUGGAUUAAGUUCUACUCCGAAAUAUUAAAUAUCAAUUCUAUUUUACUGAAACCAAUAGUAUUGACCGAUAUUAUAAUGAAUGAAGAGAGAACUAAAAAAAGAAAACUGAGCAAUGACGAAAAUGGUAUAGACUUUUCAGAACUGCCCAUUAAAAACUCAAUAACUUCAAUUCAAUGCCCUUAUUUGGAUACAAUAAACCGUCAUGUAUUGGAUUUUGAUUUUGAAAAACUAUGUUCAGUAUCUCUUACCAGGAUAAAUGUGUAUGCUUGUCUGGUGUGUGGUAAAUAUUUCCAGGGGAGAGGUACCAACACACAUGCCUAUACACAUUCAGUGGCUGAGAGUCAUCAUGUCUUUCUUAAUUUGCAUACUUUAAAAUUCUACUGUUUGCCAGACAAUUAUGAAGUCAUAGAUUCCUCCUUAAAUGAUAUCAAGUAUGUGUUGAAUCCAAUCUUCACACCGGACCAGAUAAAGCAGCUGGAUCAGAGCACAAAAAUGUCUAGGGCAAUAGACGGUACAAUGUAUAUGCCGGGUAUUGUUGGUCUUAAUAACAUCAAGGCUAAUGAUUACUGCAAUGUAAUAUUACAGUGUUUGUCACAAGUUCGACCGCUUCGUAAUUAUUUUUUGCGAGAAGAGAAUUAUGCUGGUGUGAAAAGGCCACCAGGAGAUUCAUCAUUCUUGCUAGUGCAAAGAUUUGGAGAGCUCUUACGGAAACUUUGGAAUCCUAGAGCAUUUAAAGCACAUGUUUCACCGCAUGAAAUGCUACAAGCUGUAGUGCUUUGGUCCAAGAAAAAAUUUCAGUUUAUAAAACAGAGUGAUCCAAUUGAUUUUCUUUCAUGGUUUCUAAAUUCCUUACACAUUGCUCUUAAUGGAACAAAGAAACCAAAUAGUUCUAUUAUAUACAAGUCCUUUCUUGGUCAUAUGAGAAUAUAUACAAGGAAGUUGCCACCGCCAGAUGCAGAUGAUGCAGCUAAAGUAGAUCUAAAUAGUGAAGAAUACUCUGAGAUGAUAACUGAGUCACCAUUCCUUUAUUUGACUUGUGAUUUACCACCAACACCACUUUUUACAGAUGAAUUCAGAGAAAAUAUUAUUCCUCAGGUUAAUUUGUAUCAACUUCUGUCUAAGUUUAAUGGGCAAACAUCCAAAGAGUAUAAAACAUAUAAGGAAAACUUUUUGAAGAGAUUUGAAAUUACUCAACUUCCACCAUAUUUGAUAUUGUAUAUCAAGAGGUUUACAAAGAACACAUUUUUUGUUGAAAAGAAUCCUACUGUUGUGAACUUUCCUGUUAAAAAUGUUGAUUUUGGUGAUAUCUUAACACCAGAAAUAAAAGAGAAGCAUAAUGGAAAGACGACAUACGAGUUAGUUGGCAAUAUAGUGCAUGAUGGUACUCCAGAAAAAGGCACAUAUAGGGCUCACGUUUUACACACGCCCACACAACAAUGGUAUGAAAUGCAAGAUCUUCAUGUAACAAGUAUUUUACCUCAAAUGAUCACUCUCACUGAAGCUUAUAUACAAAUAUAUGAAUUAAAGCAGGACUAAUGUAUAUAUAAAUAAAAAUAAUAUUAAGACAUUACAUGUUUUAUUUAUUUAAUUUACAAAUUGCUGUAUUUC